AUGGCAGAAAGCCUUGCCAGCACCAGGAUCAGCGCCUCAAUGGGACCUUCCAGCGGACAUGUCAUCGAAGACGCUGCGGCCGAAGGCCUCGGCAGGGCCAGGGCCAAUUCCAUGGACCCCUUCGAAGAGCUGCUCCGACAGCUGCGCAUGUUCCACCAGGGUGAAGUGCAGCGACUCCGUGAGGAGGUGCUGAGUUUACAGAGCCAGAGGCUUCAGACAGAGAUGCAGGCACCAGCCUUCUUGCAGAAGCAGACAGAUGCAGAGGUGAUGGAGAUGGCGGAGGCAGUGGCGGAGUCACAGGGGAUGAACAUUCAUGAGGAGGAUCGAGGGGAGAGCGGGCUGCCAACUUCCCUGAAUUCCGCGGCAAGCAACCAAAAGCGGACGAGGUCUUUUGCGGACUCCAACAAUCAAGAGAAUGAGAAGGGCUGGGAGCUAGGUAAGUCCAAGCACGUGGGCAACAUCAGAGCGAAGAAGUCUGCGUCGGUGCUUGACCAAGUGCACAAGAAACACAGCCAGUCUUCCUGGAGGUGGGACGGGGACUGUCGGAGCUUCCUGCAGCGUAUUCUCCGGCACCCGGCCAUUGACUGCACCAUGAGCUUCCUGAUCGUCUGCAACGCCAUGGUCUUUGCUUUCGAAGCUCAGUAUAGGGGCUUCGAGAUGGCCGAGGCGCUGGGAUUCAAACGCGACGAGAUCUCUGUGACUGCCCACGAGCUGUGGCCAGGUGCUGAAGACGUCUUUCCUGUGAUCGAGAUGUUCUUCGGCAUCAUUUUCACGAUCGAGGUGGUACUGCGGCUCUAUGCCGAGCGUCUGCAUUUCUUCGCAGAAGGUUGGAACUGGCUCGAUGCCACUGUGGUCGUUGUAUGGCUGUUUGGGAAGAUCUGGAGAACACUUCCGGUGAACAGUCAGAUAUUGCGGCUCGGCCGUCUCUUCCGCCUUCUUCGCAUGCUGCGCCUGGUGCGUCGGAUGAAAGAGUUCGAUGCUCUUUUCUUGAUGACCACCGCCAUUCGAAGCAGCUUCAUGGUCCUUGGGUGGACGAUCGCCCUGUUGUUCGUCUGCCAGAUGCUCUUCGCCUUGAUCGUCCAGCAAUUCCUGUACGGCUUCUACUUCGACGAGAACGCCGACGCGGCAGGGAAGGAGACACAGUUGCGUGUCUUUGAAUACUUUGGCACCUUCACCCGUGCCUUGCUGUCGCUCUUCGAGAUGACUCUGGCUAACUGGCCUCCCGUUUGUCGCCUGCUGAUGGAAGAAGUCAGCGAGUGGUGGAUGAUCUUCUGCUUGUUCCACAAAUUGACGAUGGGCUUCGCUGUGGUCGGCGUCAUAAACGGCGUUCUCAUGCAAGAAACAUUCAAGGUGGCCCACAUGGAUGACACCGUGAUGGUCCGCGAGAAGCAGCGGGCCAUGCGGACGCAUGUUUCAAAGAUGUCGGCUUUGUUCCAUGAUGCUGACACCUCCGGCGACGGACGGCUGGACAUCGAAGAGUUCAAGACUGUUUUGCAGCACUACGAAGUGAAGAUUUGGCUGGCAGCGAUGGAUUUGGAUGUCAGCGACGUUGAGGAGCUUUUUGACAUGCUGGACACUGGUGGUGAUGGUCGACUUUCCGCCGAGGAGCUGGUGAAUGGUGUGUCGCGACUUCGGGGGGCUGCCCGGGCGAUGGACAUGAAGAGGAUCGCGCAGGUGAGCUCGAAUCUCGAGCACGGGCUGCACGACCUGGCAACGAUAAAGCCCAUGAUCCACAAGAUCCACCGCAAGCACAGCGUCGAGGAUGAUGAUAUCCGGACUGAAGUUGAGGCUCUCAUCAGAGACGAAGACAGUACGGUGGCCAUGUGA